GUUUGCAGAUUUUGAAACCAUCUUUCUUAGCCCUUUGGACCGGUUUUCAUGGAAGGAGGAGGCAUGUUUGAAGAAAUUGGAUGUUUUGAUCCAAAUGCUCCGGCAGAAAUGACGGCUGAGAGCAGUUUCUCUCCGGCUGAGCCACCACCGACGAUCACGGUCAUCGGUAGCAACAGCAACAGCAACUGCAGUCUAGAAGAUCUCUCUGAAUUCCACCUCAGCCCACAAGACUCUUCUCUACCUACCUCAGGCUCAGCUUAUGUUCAUCAGCUUCACAUCAAUGCUACGCCUAAUUGUGAUCAUCAAUUCCAGAGUUCAAUGCACCAAACCCUCCAAGAUCCAUUGUAUGCGCAACAGUCGAAUAACUGGGACAGUGGUUACCAAGAUUUUGUGAACUUGGGUCCUAAUCAUACCACUCCUGACCUACUUAGUCUCUUGCAAUUGCCAAGAUCCUCACUUCCGCCUUUCGCAAACCCGAGCCUUCAAGACAUUAUCAUGACGACAUCUUCCUCUGUUGCCGCCUAUGACCCGCUCUUCCACCUGAAUUUCCCUUUGCACCCUCCUAAUGGGACUUUCAUAGGAGUUGAUCAAGAUCAAACUGAGAUAGAAAACCAAGGAGUGAAUUUGAUGUAUGAUGAAGAAAACAACAACCUCGACGAUGGUCUUAACCGUAAAGGCAGAGGAUCGAGAAAGCGGAAAGUUUUCCCUACCGAACGCGAGAGAAGAGUUCACUUCAAAGACCGGUUUGGUGACUUAAAGAAUCUAAUUCCAAAUCCUACCAAGAAUGAUAGAGCAUCAAUCGUUGGAGAAGCGAUAGAUUACAUCAAAGAGUUGCUAAGGACGAUCGAUGAGUUCAAGCUGCUAGUGGAAAAGAAAAGAACUAAACAGCGGAACAGAGAAGGAGAUGAUGUAAUUGAUGAGAACUUCAAGGCUCAAAGCGAAGUAGUAGAACAAUGUUUGAUCAAUAAGAAGAACAAUGCCUUGAGAUGCUCAUGGCUCAAGAGGAAAUCGAAAUUCACUGAGGUCGAUGUACGUAUCAUAGACGAUGAAGUAACGAUCAAGAUCGUGCAGAAGAAGAAAAUCAAUUGUCUGUUGUUCGUAUCCAAAGUCAUUGACCAACUUCAGCUUGAUCUUCACUAUGUAGCUGGUGCACAGAUCGGAGAGCACCACAGUUUCUUGUUCAACGCCAAGAUUUGUGAAGGAUCAAGUGUUUAUGCAAGUGCCAUAGCAGAUAGAGUAAUGGAAGUGUUGGAGAAACAAUACAUGGAAGCUCUUUCGACCAAUAAUGGCUAUCACUGCUACUCCAGUGAUUAAUGCGUUUUCACACUAGCUGGUUAUUUCUUUGAUUAUGAAUAAUUAAUAAUCACAUUA